GGUGGAUGAAACAAGAUUGGCCCUAAAUUGAUCUUUGUUGAAGCUGAGUGGAAGACCUUCACUGCCAGUGAUACUCAGAUGCUCUAUCCAACAUUCUAGUUCCGAGGCAGAAUUCUCUAUUCUAUUCCAAGUUGCGAGUCUUUGAGUUAAGUACCAAGAUGAAACUCAGAGAAGGAACCUUUCUGUGGUACCUCUAUCUGGACAAAACAUACUGUUUAUUGUCUGUGAGAAACGUGAAGGCUUUGGUGGACUAUUUUCAUCUUCUUGACGUGCACCGCAGGAACAGCUUGAAUGAUGUGCUGUUCUUUCACUUCCUUCAUCAUGUGACUAACUUGAACCGGGCACAGAUCAUGGCUGUGUUCGACAUGCUGGACUGGAAUGCUAUGGGCGAGAUUGGCUUUGACCAGUUCUACAUGUUGGUUUGCAUACUGCUGGCACAUGAGAACCAUUUGGGACAGCAAUUUAUCUACCGCCAUUCCCGGCCUGUCUUUGAGCUGCUUGAUGUGGAUGGGGACAUGAAAAUUAGCCUGGACAACUUCCAAAAGUACAGCUUUCUCUUCAAUAUUAAAAAACAGGAACUCAAAGAGCUCUACCAUGUGUUCGAUAUGACAGGGGACCGGUGUCUCAAUUACAAGGAAUUUAAACUGUUUACUAUCUUCUCUAUCAACAAAUACCAAGAGAGACAGAAAGCCGAGAAAGAGAAAGAGGAGAGAGCUUUGCUCAAAAAGAGACUGUCACAAGUUCGUAUGAGCCACAGAGUCUUCUUUAAAAACACCUCAGAGUAGAGAUUAAAUGAUUAAAUUGAAACUGUUAACAUGUCUAAAAAUAAAAAUCUAGCACAUCAAUGCGGAUAUCUUUACAAUGACUUUUACAUAUGAAGGAUCCAAAUUAAGUGUGCCUCAAUCAGCAGUUUUUAAUUUUAAUAAUCUAUCAAUCUCACACAGAACUCACAGUACUGUAAUCUGAAGUAACUGCUUUCUUUUUGUUGACAUGUUCCAAUUCCAUUGCAGCUUUUCAGAUUAACUAUGUUCAUUAGGUUCCUGUGAAUCCAAGUUAAUUACCAACACUUACUGGAGGUAAGCAGCUGAAAAAGGUGAAGCUUUCCUGAUAUUUGUCACUAGUGGUAUAAUAUUCUCAAAAUCCUCUCUAUUCUCCCAAUUUUUAGGCUGAGACCAUCUGGAGGCAAGAAACUUUAGACUGGCCGUUGGUGAAAUGCCUCCAACCAUAACGGAAACUGAAUAUUAAGGAUUUGGGGGCUGUUUGUCUUAGAAACUGAAUUAUUCUGAUAAACUAGGUGUUUAAGCAACCAUACCUAAUCUAUUAGGGUA